UUAGGGUUAGGGUUAGAGAAAGUGUUUCUGUUUCUUGCUCUUCCUCUAUUUUCUUCUUCUUCUUCAGCUUCUGAUUGCUGAUGUUCGGACAAUUUUAGACGUGAGGAGUAUGAAAGAUUCGAGCACGGAUCUAUUCGAUCCCCGAACCAUAAUGGAUUCCGAUUUCACUUCUGAUGGCCAUGCUAGCUCCGAUGGCGAUUUUGGUUUUGCGUUUAAUGACAGUAAUUUCUCUGAUCGAGUUCUUCGAAUCGAGAUCAUGGCGGGACUUCCAGAGAACAAAUCUGACGGAGAAGGUUGUAAUUCUAUCGCUGAUUGGGCUCGUAAUCGGAAGCGAAGAAGGGAGGAUAUCAAAAAGGAAAAUGCUGUGGAUUUUGCCGUGUUCCGGGAGGAGCAGAUUUUGAAUGUUGGCCUUCCUGAUACGGAGGAUGGUGUGGCCUACGAAAAUCAAGAUGAGGAAGUUGUGGCAAUGAUGGAAGAAUCACCUCCAGGAGAUGAGGAUGCAAACAGCAAUGAUUUGUCUUGGAGCAUGGACUGUACAACGGUUCUGAGAGUCCGGACCAUACAUAUUAGUUCUCCUAUUUUAGCUGCAAAAAGUCCUUUUUUCUAUAAGCUAUUCUCAAAUGGGAUGAGAGAAUCAGAACAAAGACAUGUGACGCUGCGGAUCAAUGCCUCUGAGGAAGCCGCUCUCAUGGAGCUCCUUAAUUUUAUGUAUAGCAAUACCCUAUCAACAACAACUGCUCCUGCUUUGCUGGACGUGCUGAUGGCUGCUGACAAAUUCGAGGUGGCUUCAUGCAUGAGAUACUGUAGUCGUCUAUUACGGAACCUCCCCAUGACACCUGAGUCAGCAUUACUCUAUCUGGAGCUCCCAUCCAGUGUUUUAAUGGCUGAAGCGGUUCAGCCUUUGACCGAUGCAGCAAAGCAAUACCUUGCUGCACGAUACAAGGACAUAACCAAGUUUCAAGAGGAAGUGUUGAACUUGCCGCUAGCAGGAAUUGAAGCCGUUUUGUCCAGUGACGAUCUCCAGGUGGCAUCAGAGGAUGCAGUCUAUGAUUUUGUGCUGAAAUGGGCUCGAGCCCAGUACCCCAAGCUGGAGGAGCGACGGGAGCUCUUGGGCACACGCCUGGGCCGCCUCAUUCGUUUCCCUUACAUGACCUGCCGAAAGCUGAAGAAGGUCCUCACCUGCAAUGACUUCGAUCAUGACCUAGCAUCGAAAGUUGUUCUUGAAGCCCUCUUUUUCAAGGCUGAGGCCCCUCACCGACAACGUUCCUUGGCUGCUGAGGAGACAGCUGCCAGCAGCCGUCAUUUUGUGGAGAGAGCCUAUAAGUACCGUCCAGUUAAGGUAGUGGAAUUUGAGCUGCCAAGGCAGCAGUGCGUGGUGUACUUGGAUUUGAAAAGGGAAGAGUGUGCAAACCUGUUUCCAUCAGGGAGGGUUUAUUCACAGGCGUUUCACCUGGGUGGGCAGGGAUUCUUCCUGUCAGCUCACUGUAAUAUGGACCAGGCAAGCUCGUUCCACUGCUUUGGGCUAUUUUUGGGGAUGCAGGAGAAGGGAUCUGUGAGCUUUGCAGUUGACUAUGAAUUUGCGGCAAGGGCAAAGCCUACGGAGGAGUAUCAAAGCAAAUACAAAGGUAACUAUACUUUCACAGGAGGGAAGGCAGUUGGAUACCGGAACCUAUUUGCUAUACCAUGGACAUCCUUCAUGGCUGAAGACAGCCUGUUCUUCAUCAAAGGCAUUCUCCACCUCCGAGCGGAGCUCACCAUCAAGCACUAACUCAGAGUGACGUACUACACACCCCCCCCCCCCCCUUUAAGAUAAAUAGAUUGAUUUGGUUUAUUUAGCCCUAGCAGAACACACGGAAAAAAAAAAAAAGCUGCAGGUGAUCAGAUGUUCUAAUGGGUUGGUGGGUGGGUCCGAUGGAUACAUUUCUUUGACCUGAGCAAGAUUGUGAUUGUAAAGGGAAAUUAUUAUUUUGGGGAAGGGAUUGCAAUGCUUGAGUUAGGGGUUGAUGGUGCCUAUUAGGCCCUUUGUUCUAGACGUAGUUAAAGGAAGAAAUCUGAGAUAUGUGC